AUGUUGUUCAAAGUAUUGGUUACAUGUGCACUUGUAACAUUUUUCCACACUUGGGAAGUCAAUGCUCACGGCAGACUUAGGGACCCACCAAGUAGAUCAUCUGCUUGGAGAGAGGACUUCAAUGUUCCAGAGAAUUACAAUGAUGCUGAACUUAACUGUGGUGGCGUUGGGUCUCAGUAUGUACAAAAUGAUGGAAAAUGCGGACCAUGUGGUGAUAAUUGGAACAAGACUCAACCAAGAGCCAACGAAAAUGGUGGAACUUACGGCCGAGGAGUAAUUGUCCGAAACUACACUUCCGGCCAGUCAAUUGAAAUAAAAGUCGAAAUAACAGCUAAUCACUUGGGUUACUUUGAAUUUUCCCUCUGUCCUCUCAACUCAAGCAAAGACAUCGAGACGGAGGAGUGCUUUGAUGCACAUCCCAUUCAUCUAGCUGAUGGCAAUCUACGUUACCAAUUGGGAAAACGUGGCGGUUUCAUAAAAAUCCAAGCUGUCCUUCCAGAAAAUAUGAAAUGUCCUCAUUGCGUCUUAAGGUGGCACUACCGCACUGGAAACAAUUGGGGUAUUUGCAAGGAUCGCACUGGGAGACUUGGCUGUGGUAACCAGGAAAUAUUCCGCGGAUGCGCUGAUGUAUCAAUUAUUUAA